AUGCAGUGGCUGUCUCCUAAAAUAGGCGGGGAAAGUAACAGUACCAAUGAUGCCGAUUUCAAUAAUGCGGAUCUUGAGCAAGAGCUUAUGGAUUUAUUGGGGGAUACACCGUAUGACGUUCUUGAUGAACAUUCACCUUCUGGACAGGAUAAAAUAAGUUCUGAUAAAGAAGAUGAACUUUUACUUGCUCAGUUGGUUGAAUCGAUGGAUCCUGGUCACCAUUUUGUGUCUAAUGAAUCUGAUCAGCUGAAUGUAGUACAAGCAAAUAGAAAGAGUACUUCUGGUGGUGAAAAAACAGUAGAAGGAAACGCUUUCAACCUCUCUCAUCAAGAAACUGAAAGUAAUGCUAGUGAUUUCGAGGCCUCUAUAGUAAAUAAUUCUGGAAAGGGAACUGUGAUGGAUAGAAAGUUAACACCAUAUUCACCUUGUAAUGAUGAUAGCCUCCAAAGUAUUUCAGAUGAUACUGUUUCGAAUACCACUAGCUCACAACCUAAUAAUCGUCAUAAAGAAUAUAAAUUAGCUGCUUUGAAAGCUCGUGAUGAAGGUGAGCUUGGUAAAGCCAAAGAGUUAUUAGAAGCAUCAAAAUGUAUCGGUGAAGCUAUUGUUAAUAUAGAAGCUGGCAAGGAAACAUUUGAUCCCGAGACUGAUUUACCUCCACCACCAUCAGAGUUUGAAUUUUCUACUGAAGAGAAUGCCAAUGAAACUGUUGCGGCACCACCAACAGUGAAAUCAUCAGUUCCGGAUGUUAUGAAAACGCCGAUUGUCUGCAAAGAAAAUAUUUUAGCCCGUAUAACUUAUUACAAAGAAAAAUUGCAAGAAAUAGCUGGAGAUCCAUCACAAGAAUCGAAGAAACGUCGUUAUACUCGUAUUCUUAAUCGGUAUGAAGAAGGAUUACGAGCCUGUGAACGUGGAAUUACUUCCUUUGAAUUUGAAGAAUUAGUUCCUCCACCGGGUUAUCCUCCUUUGACUAAUCGAUCUAACAUGUCUAAAGGUGCGAAAACAAUGAGUGGUGAGACUAGAGCAUCUUUAUCGAAACCUAGUUCUGGGCAAGCUCCAGCAAAAAGUAAAUCUGAGGCUAUUGUUAUGCUUCUAACCAAACGUCAGGAUGAGUUAAAACAAGCUGCCAAAACUGCAAAACAGGCGGGUAAUAUCGAAUUGGCUAAAACAUAUAUACGAUCAUCUCUUGGCAUGAAUCAGAUGAUACAAGCUGCUGAGGCUGGCUUUCCAAUUGAUUUGACGCAGUUACCACGAUCACCCGCAAUUACUGAUUCUGUCUCAUCCAGACCUAUUUUGAGCGGGACAAAAUGUGAUCCACCUGUAAAAUAUGCUAUCGCUCUCAGUACAUCCUCAGGUGAUCAUCUUGUACAAUUAUAUACGGAGAUUUUAUCAGAACAAGAAAAAUUGAUAAGUCAGUUAUUGAAUGAACAUCGUCGUAAUGGUGACCAAUCAAUUAUGUCAAAGUUAUCUGAUUUGAUGAGUGUUAAUACAUGUAUAAAGAAAGUACUAUCUAAACAUAGUCAUCAGGUUGCCGUAUUGACGCCAUAUUUCGAGUAUGCCAAUUUACCUAAAUCUAAUAUUAAUGCUGAGUUGGGCGAUGAUAUUCUUGAGAUUACUGUUGUCCGUGGCAUAGCCUAUCCACUUCCAUCACACUAUUCUCAUAUUGAUACAUAUGUUGAUGUGGAAUUAUGCUUCAGUUCUUCUGGUACACCGAUAAAAUUAUCUACAGAUGUGGUAAAGUCUAGUUGUGAACCUGUUUAUAGUCAAUCGGUUAAAGAAGUUCAUGUGAAUACAAAAGGUCGUAUAUACAGACGUUUCGUGCAAAACAAUCGUCGUUUAAAAGCAACGGUUUAUUAUAACCGUGGUAUAUUUCGAAGUUGGGGUGUUUUGGGUGUAACUGAUAUUCCUCUAACUGGACUCGUCCAGUCAUCUACAACGACUCACAUUGGUGAUUUAAAAGAUGGUCGUAAAGUAGUAGGAGGUCGCUUGGAAGUACAAUUAAGACAGCGUGAAUCGCUUAGUGGAGAACCUAUCAUUUAUCAACAACAGCCCUGGCUUUUACUUUCCGUGUCAAAACAAACUGAUUCUCGAAGUUGA